AUGGAGGUGAAGACCUCAGGAAACGACUUUGGCGUCUCUCGAAAUGACCUUAGGAGACGUAACCUUGCUUCUGAACAGGACGAGGUGGAGGAGAUUAUCCAAAAAACCUCCAAUCUUCAUAUUGACACGAAAACAAAAUCUCGCGGCAUAGCCUGGUUCUGGAAAACUUAUGGUUCCAUUUUAAUUUUGACAUUAUUAUCGGCCUUUGUUCGGUUGUAUAGAAUCAAUGCCUCCAAUCAAGUGGUGUGGGAUGAGGCGCAUUUUGGAAAGUUUGGUUCCCAUUAUCUUAAACGAGAAUUUUAUUUUGAUGUUCAUCCACCACUUGGAAAAUUGUUAGUGGGAUUGUCUGGUUAUAUUGCAGAUUACGAGGGCAACUUCCUGUUUGAGAGCGGUGAAAUCUUUCCUGAUGAUUGCAAUUAUGUUAUCAUGCGAGUUUUCAAUUGUAUGUUUGGUAUCUUAUGUACACCAUUGGCCUACAAGACGGCGGUGCUAGCUGGUUACAAUACGUGGACGGUAUGGCUCAUUUCGUUGAUGGUGAUUUUUGAGAUGAUUUCUUUGACAUUAUCCAAGUUUAUUUUGUUGGAUUCAAUGCUUCUUUUCUUCACCGUACUUUGCUACUUUUGUCUCGUGAAAAUUCAUAUGCUUCGUGUUCAGCAGAAACUCUUGACUAAAAUGGGCUUUAAGUGGUUUCUUAUCACAGGUAUGUCAAUUGGUUGUGUUUGUUCGGUUAAAUGGGUUGGUUUGUUUGUCACUGCCUUGGUAGGCUUUUACAUCAUUUACGAUUUGCUUAUCAAGUUUUACCAGGUUACAAGCACCAAAAAUAGCCUUUCAUUCGCACAGUACUUGAAGCAUUGGUUUGUGAGAAUCGUGACAUUGAUAAUUGUUCCUUUUCUAAUCUAUUUGGCUUGCUUCAAGGUUCAUUUCCUCGUCCUUAACAGCUCAGGUACAGGUGACGGUUCCGUAUCGACGUUGCUCCAAGCAUCCUUGAAAAAUAAUGGGAUAGAGUACGGUCCUCGUUCUAUAGCGUUUGGCUCACUAGUCACUUUACGUUCUCAAGGUCUCUCUCCAAAUUUGUUGCAUUCCCAUCCACAUGUAUAUCCGCAAGGUUCACAACAGCAGCAGAUUACCACCUACGGGUUCAAGGACGACAAUAAUCAGUUCAUCAUUGAGUUUGACUUGGAAGCUGGUGCUAGAGGAGAGUUUGCUUCGAUGGAGCCUCUUGACAACCAAAGUUACUCCUUCACAACCUUGGUGAAAAAUGGCGAUACUAUUAGGUUGCUCCAUAAGCUCAGCGGGUGCCUUUUACAUUCGCAUAUGAUUCCAUCUUUUAUUCUGACUUCACAGAAGGAAGUGUCUUGUUAUUCGGAUCUUGAAGGCAGCGAUGAAAAGGACGAAUGGGUGGUGGAAAUUCAGGAACAAGACCAGCCAUUAUCACCAGAACAUCAGAAUGAAGCUCCCGAUGAAGUGCAUCCUAUCACGACAAACUUUCGUUUACGUCACAAAGUUUUAGGGUGUUAUUUGGCAACUACUGGCUACUCUUAUCCAGCUUGGGGUUACCAACAGGGUGAAGUAGUGUGCAAGCAUACUCUUCUUAGUAGAGACAAGAGCACUUGGUGGAAUGUGGAGGACCACAAGAACGAUGCACUUCCACAACCAGAAGCCGAGUUCAUUCCACCAAAACCCAAAUUUUGGAAAGAGUUUGUGCUCAUAAAUUAUGGGAUGAUGGCCUCGAAUAGCGCACUUGUUCCCGAUCCCGAUAAAUUCGACAAGUUAUCUUCUGAAUGGUGGGAAUGGCCUAUAACCAGAAGCGGCCUUCGUAUGUGUGGUUGGGGCAUGUCGGUAACGAAAUAUUUCUUGGUUGGGCAUCCUCUAAUCAACUGGUUUUCUACAUUCUGUUUGCUCGUGAGUUUGAUAUACUUCAGUGUCAAGUUGUGGCGUUGGCAGCGUCAAAGGGAUUACUAUCCAAAUGGGGUGUUCAGCGUCCAGUGGGAUUCACUUAUAGUGCAAGGAAUAUUGCCCAUAUUGGGGUGGAUACUUCAUUAUUUGCCGUUUGUUGCAAUGUCCAGGGUUACUUAUGUCCAUCACUACGCUCCAGCAUUGUAUUUUGCAAUCUUUGUUACUGGAUUUGUUGUGGAAAGAGUAGUCUAUAACCACUUGAACAGAACGAUUGCAAGAGGUUUCUACAUUAUCCUUUAUUUGGCUAUAAUUCUUGGGUUUAUAUACUUGAAGGAUCUUGCCUUUGGAAUGGAGGGACCGUCGAAUGCCUAUCGUCACCUCAAGGUCCUCAGCACCUGGAUGAUCUAG